AUGGGCUGCGCUGCAUGUUGUGAGAUUCUGCCUGAGACUGCAGCUGUGCUGAAGCGCACUGUUGAGGCUCUUAUGGAGAGAGGAGCUGUUGUGAGGAACCUAGAAAACCUGGGAGAAAGGUCUCUACCUUACAAAAUCUCCAAGCACAAGGAGCGUCACAGAAGAGGAGGGUAUUUUUUGAUAGACUUAGAGGGCCCACCUUCGAUUGUAUCGACCAUGAUGGAUCAUUUAGGACGUGAUAUUGAUGUAAUUAGACGUGCUUUUGUAAAGCAUCCUGUAUCAAAGACAGAAGAAUGCAGUGGCAUAAUCCCAAUCAACUAUGAAGAUAAAUUAAUUGCCAAGAAGAAGUGAAUAUUCCAAAUAGCAUGUUUGAAACUUUUUAAAAAAUUUUUUAUUCCUGCUUUGAAAAACAACUGUGAUAACUAAUGUCCAUCAAAAAUAAUGAGUUUUGGCCAUGUUAUGUGUGUGGUAUAGUACACUAUUUUAAGUUACUGUAACAUUUGAGGUUUCUUUUUGUUUCAAAUAACUUGAAUAGACUUAAUCUGUAUGCUUAUCUUGAUAUUUGACAACUCUGAAAAUUGAUUUUCUUUUCUCUUAGAGCAUUACAUUGAUAAUGAAGAUUUAUCCAUCAUCAGAAUGCUAAAAAUAGCAUUCUUUUCUACAGACAGAUUACUUCAGAAUAUGUGUAUUUACAUAAGAGAUUAAGAAGUCUACAGUGUAAAUAUAGCAGUAUAGGAUGUGAUUUGUUGGAGGGGUUUUUGCUUGUUUUUGGAAAAAGGUAAUAAAAGCGUGAUUAAAAAUAAAA